AAAACGAAGCGUUAACAAGACAUUUCUCUCAAUUUGGAGAAGUCAAAGUUGUGAGGGACUACAAAGGCCACCCAAAUCAGCGAUUUGUUGAAUUUUGGGAUAGUAGAGCAUGUGUAAGAGCGUUCGCGUCAACGCUGAAUGCCAGCUACAAUGGUGGAUAUUUCGACUGUAAAUAUGCAUGGGACAUAUCCGCAAAGCAACGCGCAAGUAACAGUUUACUCAAUCGAUUAGCUAUCAAGGCCAAGGAAGCAGCUCGAUACGCUGUCCGAAAUGGAUAUUCGGGUGCGCUCGAGAAAGUUUCGUUCGCGGACUAUAAUAAUAAUAAUAACGACUAUCAAUUGCGAUUGUCAGGCGGGAAUGAGGAAUACCAUCUGCAAGCCUAUGGCCAUGAUACCGAUAUAUUGUCUAAUGGAUGUCACGGUCAUGAUUCUCGUCAUUACGAAAAUGGAGUAUAUCCUUCUCCCCAGCUAUCACAUGAUUCACCACCUCAAAGUCAAUCAAAUACUCCAUAUGAUUCACAAUACCCGUCCACACACUCCAGUCAAGCCUUAACAUCUGACUACGUAUCUAUGUCACAACAAGAACGUCUCGAACAAGCACAAAAAGUUCAAAAGAUGUUGGCAAUGGUAACCAUUCAACAGCAACAACAACCACACGUCCAAGCCCAAUCUACCAAUCUUCAGCUCUCGCUACAGUCAAUAACGCGUGGAUCUGAUCAAUGUCUCAAUCCGACUGCAAUAACCCCAGUAAUAAACACAACGUUUUUGAAUGGCUCGGUUGCAGUUAGUUCGCUUACCAAUCAAAUGUAUAUGAAUGGGACAUCGAAUCAAGUGAGCAAUAGUAUUAGUCAGUCGUCCGAUCUUAGUAAAUCGGGGAGCGUAAGCGAGAAUACAUCCCAGAAUACUACUAUUAAUCAUUUACUUGCUUUGCUGGAACAAGUAAAGCAAACACAAUCUACAUCAUCAUAUAAUACACAAUCAUCUACACAAAUACCGCAACAACAAUUAUCAUUUACAAAUCAUCUUUCCUAUUCUCCGACAGCACCUCAAAUAACGGCAUCUCAAAUAACAACAUCUCAAUACUCGUACCCAAUAUCGCCACAAAUGUCGAGAGCGCAGGCUCAUGUUUUCACCCCAGGCACAUAUCCAUACAUACCAGGAACUUAA